GGAAGUAAAUGCUAUUUUUGAGACAAGCAUGUAUUCACCCUGCUGCAUAUAGCAAAAUUAACACCGAAGAGUAGGGCAUAUAAACCUAACGAAACAAACAAUUGUAUUUACAAUUAAUUACACAAGUUGCAUUUUAUAUGUGUAUAUCUAUACUAUUACUGCCAAAGAUGCUAGACGUCCAAGACAAGAUAUGCGAAGUAAAACCAUAAGGUCGGCACUUUUAAUGUAACAUUUUGAUUUACCCGUGCCAUUUAUCAUACACACAUGUAUCUUGCCACCAGGAAUACCUCUCUAAAAAAACGUAGCUAUAGCUGAACAUCGUUCACGAGCCAUCCUGAUCCUGAAUGCAAUCAAGGCUUAUGCAUAAAACGGAACACAGUCGGUAACACAUGUUCCCGUUACGAAUACUUUUUGGGCGUACACGUGCUGAACCAGGAGAGUGCCAACUUGCCAGAGUCUAUCUUGGAGGCAGCUAUGCCAUGCAAACCCAUUUUCUGCUGGGCCUCCUUGAGAUCACUGAGAGGGAUCCUGCCUGUUUGUACAGCCAGCCUGAUUCGGGGGUGUCAUGUGUGGUACUCAUCCUGCUCCAACUCGGGCCCUUCUGGUCGUGGUGCCCUGGGCAAAGAGCACCCAGCCACCUUAGCUGAAGAAGUAGUGCCACACACACCUGUGAUGCUCAAAGAGGUGCUGCACUGUUUGAAUAUUCAACCUGGCCAGGUGUUCCUAGACAUGACCUUUGGGGGUGGGGGUCACACCAAGGCCAUUGCCAAAGCGACCCCAGAUGUGACAGUGCUGGCCCUAGACAGGGACCCCACCGCCUUCUCACUGGCCCACCAACUGGCUGAGGAGCACAAGGGUCGAGUGCGGCCCCUGCUGGGUCGUUUCAGUGAGCUGGAGGUCCAGCUGGAUGAGUGGGGCCUGAGGCCGGCCAGUGUGGAUGCAGUGCUGCUGGAUGCAGGCUGCUCCUCCAUGCAGAUGGACCGUCCAGAGCGCGGCUUCUCCCUCAGCCAGGACGGACCUCUGGACAUGAGGAUGGAUGCCAACAGGUACCCCAACAUGCCCUGCGCCACUGACGUGGUGAACGCCUUAGAUCAACAGGCGCUUGCGUCUGUUCUCAGCGCGUACGGCGAAGAGAAGCACGCCAGGAAAAUAGCCUUGGCCAUCGUGGAGGCACGCAGUGUUUACCCCAUCACCAGGACCCAACAGCUGGCCAGCGUGGUGGCAGGGUCCUUCUCAUCUGCCGCCCUCUACGCUCGCAGUGAUCGUCUCCAGCGCCCGUCUCACAUAGCCACCAAGACGUUCCAAGCCCUGCGGAUGUUCGUCAACGACGAGCUGAACGAGCUCCACGCCGGCCUCCGCUCCGCCCAGACCCUGCUGAAGCCCGGGGGCCGUCUCUGCGUCCUGACCUUCCACUCUCUGGAGGAUCGCCUGGUCAAGCGCUUCCUGCUGGGGGAGGACCUAGCGGCCCCUCCCAGACGCAGCCUCCGCCUCAGACUCCAGCAGGGAGGAGGGGGGGAGGGGGAGGAGGCGGAGGCGGGCAGGAGGGGUGGGGCUCCGUGGGUGCCCCUGCAGAGGGGGGUGUUGACGCCUCAGGCUGAGGAUGUGAUGGAGAACCCCAGGGGACGCUCAGCCAAGCUCAGGGCAGCACGCAGGCUGUGACCUCACAACGUUGUCCACCCACUAGUCAAGACCGAUGCUUGUGUUGGAGGGAACUUUAGUUGAUGUCUUUUUGUGUAGCCAUGCCAUGAGGACAACAGUCACAGCUCAUUUUUAUACCAAUGUUACAGUCUGUUUUUAGAAUCAAUAAAUUUCUUGGAAACUGGGAGAAUCACAAAUUCAUUCAGUUUCAAUUGUCCAUUUACAACGGACUGUGAAAUUAUAACUUUUGAUGUUACAAGUGGUACAGAUUAAGACUGGUUUAGAUCCAUGUGUCUAAUAUGGGCUUGUUAAGAGCAGCAGCCAUACAAGAGUAAACUAACUACCUACUACAGAGGUGACCUGCACCUUCUCCAUAGAGCACAAGCACUCUGUCCUGUGACCCUCCCCAGCAGACCACCUACCCACAACAUCUGCGGUCUUCUGACUCAUUGAUAAAGCAGUGGUGUUCUUUGUCAUCAGGCAGCAUUAGAACACUCCAAUCCCAGUUGUCCCCUCCUCUCUCAGAGUUCCACAGUAGUAGUAACAAGUGAUGGACCAGGCAAACAACCGCAGCUGAGCUGCACUGUGCUGUGCUACAGGAAUCAGUUCUAAGUAGAAAUACCAUGUGAGUCAAGCCUAAUGGGUUUGUUGGUGAAUGAUGGAGAAUGCCUUCCAGACUGCUACCAGAUGAGAUGUUCAGAUCAGAUGUCUCUGAUCUUUAAUAUUUGACUUUGUCUGUUUGUAAUUGCGCCAUCAAGAAGCAUCAACACGUUUUGUUUUUUUCUCUCCUUCUGCCUCUUUCUGUACACUCUAAAUAUACCCGUCUUGUUACCUUGGAAACAAACGGCACAAGUAACAUUUAACAGUGCCUAAAUGGCCGUGCUGGUUUAACCUGGUGUGAAACACUGCUGUACUGGAGCUCAGAGCCCUUCCCUCAGGGGGACCAUCCACGUCAUCAUCACACUGAGGACAGAGUUGACUUCUAUCGUCUGUUUUGGACAUCCAUGAAGAAGAAUCUAUCCCGGAUGUGCAAUAAUGGUUUGCACCAAAACUUACCUUGGUGUAGCAUGUUUAGCCAUAUGAUUGAGCAGCAUUAAGAACAAGGUUACAGAACAACUCUGGCUGUGGAAGAGCAGGGUUUUAUUUGUUAUUUGUUUAUUUGAGUGCUCCACUCAAAUCCACAUUUGGGUUUAGGGGGGGGAUCUUUCACCAAGGAUUCAGGCCCUAUGUGUGUCAGUCAUAAGGGCGCCUAUCUCCUACCCCUACUGACUCCAGACAUGGUACUUUCAGACUGUGGUCGUGUCCAAGGGAAUGUACACGUGAGUAAAUCGUGUAGGGGAAGCAGAAGGAGGGAAUGUCGAUACUUGGAAAUGAGACUCACCUCCGACUGCAUGUUCUCAAUUACCAUGGAAACAGUAGCUUAAGUAAACAGUCGUUGUGACAAGUCAUUCUUGCCAUGUAUCAGUUUGUGGCUUGAACCACUACCAAGGAGUGACUAUUGAAUGAGAACUAAGUUAUUGAUUAAAUAGUUUGGUUCACAGAAACCUUAUUCUCAGAAUGAACAUUAGGUAAAAAGAGCAACACACAAGAUCACCAUAUUUCUAUACCUCUGUACCGACACAGUCCGGUAAGUUGCCAUAGGAACAAAAUCGCCAACAGAUUUAUUGAAUUCUUCGUAAGUUUCUAGGGAAAAGUUGCAGCUUCAGUAACUGACAAUGAAGAUUAUGCUUGGAAUUGCAGGGUUUCUGAGAAAAUAAAUCAAAUUAUUCUUGAAAAUUCAUGGUGAGGUCUGCAGGGGUGCAUAACAGUUGUACUUGCCUGGAUGGGAUAAUGAUUUCUGGGAAUCUACUUAAUUCAGUGGAACUCGACUACAUUAAAACAGUGUUUCAAACCAUAAUAAACGACCUAACUAACGUCUAUCAGCCCACACAGGUUGAUCAUCUUUAGUGUUUAUUGACCUGAACGAGCUCAAAAAAGAGUUGGAUCCAACACAACCAUACGUUCCCUGUCGUCACCACCCCCUGUGGAGGUAGUCAUUAGACACUGACAGUUUUACACCCAGACUAUAUUACAGGUGGGGCUGUUGUGGAACUGUCACCCACUACACAUGCUUCUUUCUUGACAUCACAUGAAAUCCCACUCUACCCUGGUAUGUACUUGAGCUCAGGCUAUACCAAUAAAGACCCUCUCCUCCGCUGUGUUGAUGUAUUCCCUCCGUCUCUCAGAGAAAGCACAAUAUGAAAAAACAACUGCUGAGUUAAAGCAAAAACCUAUUGAAUUAUCU